AGCCUUGAAGCCCCGUGUGAAAAUAAACGUCAAACCAAGAUAAGCUUGUACGAGGAUAAUUUAAAAAUAAUUCAAUCGCAACUUUAUCAUAUAAGAUAAGAAAACGUUAACCUAGUGGCAUAUUACAUAAAUUAUUACAUAUCUAGUGAAUUUACUCAGUGUUACACGUGUGCAAGUAUAUAACCUAUAGAAAUAAUAGUAGCGGUUCAAAGGUGCGUUGUCAAAACUUCUGAUAACUUUGUUUGGAGGUCAGGAAUCGACUAAACGAGUUUUUCUUUUUUUUUUCUUUUAGAGUUUACCGAUCAUUUGAUCGCCACAAUGCCGGAAUCCUAUGACACUAUCAUCAUAGGCAUGGGGGCAGCUGGUUGCACGGCUGCUUCCACGCUCAGCAAGGCUGGCAAGCGAGUGCUGGGGUUAGAAGCCAUGGACAGGGUCGGGGGCCGAGUUAACACUGUGCCUUUUGGCGAUGGCGUUGUUGAGUUGGGGGCCGAGUGGAUCCACGGCCAGUUCCCUUCUCGAGUCUACGACCUAGCAAUCCAGAAUAACGUGUCAAUCCUCCCUCAAGAUCUGGACUUCGACGUGUACCGCUCAGACGGCAGCUCCGGCGAUAAACAGCUGCUGAACGAGCUCAUGACCUUCAGCUUGGGGGUCGUGGAUGACCCGCCUCAAGUACCCGAGCCGCUGGGGGAGUAUAUCACCAAGCGUCUAAUGGACUACAUAAAAACGAACCACCCUACCCUCCUCCAAGAUAAGGACUUCAUAGACAAUCUGCUCGAGUUCCUAGACCUGGUCAUAGACAACUACGAGUCUUCCAACUCUUGGAAUGACGUGUCUACGGAGACGAGGUAUACUGAGCUGGACGGGCAUCAGCACAUGAGCUGGCAUAGGAACGGGUAUAAGACGCUGUUUCAAAUCUUGUUGAACACCUAUAAAAACGGUCCCGGCUACCCUACCUUAGACAUUAAGCUGAAGAAGGAAGUCUCCCAGAUCUCCUGGCCGCAGGAUCCCAACGCUGAUGUAGUGGUCUCAUGUACGGAUGGCACUACCUAUAGAGCGAAGAACGUUAUCGUUACCGUGUCUUUGGGAGUGCUGAAGGAGAGACACACGUCAAUAUUUUCGCCAAGUCUCCCGAAAGAUAAAGCCGAGGCUAUCGACAAACUAGCUAUUGGGGUCGUCGAUAAAAUCGUACUUCUUUUCCCAAAAGCAUGGUGGCCAAAAACAGCUACUUUCUUUGGCUUUAUUUGGAACGGGGAGGAAAAGGCGAAAGUCUCUAAAGAGGACUUGUGGACUACUAAGAUAUUUGGGGCGAGUUCCCCAAUGGGGUCAUUGCACGCACUAACGUUGUGGACAAGUGGAGAUGGGGCUAAGUUGGUGGAAACUUUACCUGAAGAUGUCGUAAAGAGGAAAGUGAUGGAACUCGUGAGGAGGUUCAUGGGCAAAGGCAAGACUAUACCGGAGCCUAUUGCUAUGCUCAGGUCAUCAUGGUUCUCAAACCCUUACACCCGCGGCAGCUAUACCUACGACAACAUUUUGACCCCACAAUACCCCAACGCUAGGGCUACUCUGGCCGAGCCCCUACUAGACAGUAGCGGAGCCCCACGCGUGUUAUUCGCGGGUGAAGCCACCGAUAACACACAUUUCUCGACCGUUCACGGCGCUACGGACACGGGUUUCAGGGAAGCUAGUAGGUUAUUGCCGACGGCUAAAUUGUAAAGAGUUUUUUGUAUGAGUUCUAGCCAAAUGUCUCUGCGUGUCUGAAGUUUGGCCAAAUAGCCAUACGAAAGAUUCAAAAGAAUCUUUGUGCGUUUUGUUCGUAAAAGAGAUAAGAGAGAAACUUUGCGUUUCCGAUUUUAUAUAGUAAAAAAGAUUGAAUUCAGAACCUCGUCCUUUUUGGGGAAGUCGGUUAUAUGCUACUGCACAUGUGUCAUCAAAUGGCUAACUUCAGAAUAGCAAGAAUAUUUGGCGAUUCUACACGAUUUUAUACAAAGUGAAAUAUCAAUAUUUAAUAAAAUAUAUCAAUUAUAUUUAUACGUAUAGAAAAUGGUGAACUUGUUGAAUGUGUUAUUUAUUUUAUGAUUGAAGUAAGAACUUUUUACCCCACAAUCCUUACCUUUACAAAAUAGAUAAUAAUAUGUUGAAACUGAAGAAUUGAGAUUAACCGCAGAAAUAAUAGUUCCUAAUUUUAGUAGCAGUCUAAUUACAGUUUUAUUCAUAUCAUAGUUAUUUAUAGCAACGAAUAGUACUUUCCCAUAAAUGUAAUUAAAUAAAAAAAGAACUUAUUGAACCCAAUUUUAAAGAACUUGUUUGCCCCCUGGAGCCACUUAGCCCCCUUUUUUGAACCUUGGAGAUUUAAAUAUUGUUGAAAGUAUAUGCACAAAUGUUGCCGACUUUAAUGAAUACUAAAAAUAAAUAAAUGUUUAUUUUGUAUUAUUAUUUAAAUUAAAAUAUUUAAUAGAAAAUCUAUGCAAAUCUGUAUACACUGUGUAUUUAAGUUUUAUUUUAUUUAAGUCAAUAAAUUAAUCAUAUUUUGCACAUUCCAGUGUAAUGGAAUAUUUUUAUUUUGCAAUUAAUUUUUUAAGUAUUUUUUUUUUAUAUUGUUAUUGUAAACUGCCAUAAAAGAAAGCACAAUUUGUUUGCACGCACAAUGAUUUGAAUAGGUUUAAAAUGCCAUAAAAAUAUGUACAAAUGUUAAAAGUGAAUAAAAAGUGUUUUGACUUUAGAAAAUUGACUGAAAUUAUGGAGGCUCUAUCAAAAAUGUAAACUUUUCUAGUUAAUGUUUUUGUUUUAAUAAAAACAACCAAAGUCGAGAAAAUCUAGACUGCUUUUUAUACCUUUGAAUACAUUUUAUUACAUUAGCACAUAUUUGCACCAUUUUACUAUUACGAUAACCAAACCAUAAUCAACCGUAUACUUGCCGCCCAUUGGUCACAUCGACGAUUUGAAAACUGAAAAUGGUUCGGUUAUCGUUAUAGUUGAAUGGUGCAACUCAUUGUAAUAGUUAAAAAGCCAAAAUAUCGUAUUAAAUCAACAAUAUUAUGAAAAAAAAGGCAAAAAUUAAAUAGCAUUGUUGCAAUACCGAAUGUGUAUAAAAAUGUAUAAUCGUUGUAAAUUGUAAGUAAGUAUAGAAAAUGUCAUUUAUAAGAAAUUAUUAUAUUUAUAUGUUUUGUAAUGAAUUAUGACUAAUAAAAUUCUAUGAAAAUAUA